AUGGCGGUCAGGACUAGGGCUAUGGCGGGGACCAGACACACUGGGGAGCCAGAGACGGAGGACCUGCCUGCGGGACAGCCCUACAAGGAAAACCCGGUGUCAGCAGACAUCUGCACACGAGUAUGCCAGACUAGUCUCAGCUCCAGGCCCUGGCUGGCAGGUCGGGACUCUUCGCACACAGUCUGGGGUGGACUACAUGCUGGCUUCUUCACCACCAGGAUUCAGCUGAGGGAGGAGGACUCGGUGCCCCACUGGUAUGGAAGCUACAACUCGGUCACUGUUCUCAGAAUUAUCAACCUGUUGGUAUCUCCAGCCCCAACCACUGCUGUGUGGACACCCACCUGGCUCCUACCAAGUACAGUUCUGAUCACUUCUCCAGAGGGGACCUCCUACUCCCCCUCCUCUCUCAAUGGCUCUGAGUUCAGUCAUGAGCUUUGA